GACGAUUCGGCGGACUUUUUUUGACAUGGCUUCAUUAUUUUGACGUUUCGAUGUCAAUGAGCUACGUAUUUCCUUGAAAAACGUCCUUUUUUCCUUAUUUUUCAUUGAUUUGAAAGUGUUUCCUCAUAAUUCACAACGCAGUUCGUCAAGAUCAAGCAACUGAACGGCGUGAAGUGCCAACAAUCUCCUGAAAUUCCUCGAGAACCAUGUGACACGAAUACGAAAAAGGGCUUCCAGACCGUCAAUGUGACAGAAAUGUUUUCUGCCAUCGGGUCAAGAGAACGCCACCGCGGAGCUGAUACGAGCACGACGCGUGAUUGCCGAGCAGCGAUCUAGUGAACGCGCGUCAAAAAUGAGCGCGAGAUGUCCAGCCCGCCAGCCAACCCUAGCGAAGUGGAGGAGGGCGGCGCUGCGGCCGCGGAGGAGCCCAGCGGGCAGCAGGCGCCCGCCGCGCCGAAGACGUUCAUAGCGCCGCCCGCGAGCCAGCUGCCCAGCAAGCUGCAGUACGUGGCGGUGGGCGCGCCGGGGCCCAGCGGCAUCAAGCAGUGCUUCCGCACGGUGAAGGCGGCGCGGCGCGUGCCCACACUGCCCCCGCGCGCCGCCCCCGCCCCCGCGCCCGCCCCGCGCCGCGCCCGCCGCGACCGCAACAAGCGUCACGCCUGCACCACCUGCGACAAGCGCUUCUCCAGCCCCGGCAAGCUCAGCCAGCAUGUCCUCGCACACACCGGUGAGCUCCCUUUCUCUUGCGAUCUAUGCGAAAAGAAAUUCAACUCCAAAUUCAAACUUGUCCGACAUAGCCUAAUCCAUAGUGAAGCCCGCGCCUUUGCUUGCACAGUCUGUGGGAAGACAUUCAAUAGGAAAGAUCAUCUCACAAACCAUGUACGAGUACACAAUCCAGUCAAAAAGCUAUUCUCUUGCGACCGACCAGACUGCAGGAAGUCGUACACGUCUCUGCUCAGCUACCGCAAGCACGCCGCCCUGCACUCUGCAGAGGAAGGCAACUUGCAGUGUGAAAUAUGUGAUGAUACAUUUAGUACCCGCCAAGAGAUAGUUUAUCACCUCAAAGUCCACACUGGUAGUAGAACAGUUAAGAAUGAAAUGGAUAAGAAGUUCACAUGUGAUUUCUGCCAGAGACGGUUCUUCACAGCCAAGGAUGUGCGGCGGCACCUUGUUGUACACACGGGGAGAAGAGAUUUUUUAUGCCCUUAUUGCCCUCAAAAAUUUGGGCGCAAAGAUCAUUUAGUAAGGCAUGUUAAAAAUGCACACCCUGAGGAGUCAUGGAGAUCAGCAGCAGUUGGAACAUCUAGCGAGCCUGCACUUCCUGACCCAACCCCUGAAGAAACCUUUCCUGAUCCCUUUUCUAUUGAAUCAUCUUUUGAGAUGUGGAAGCCAGGUCAAGGUGAAGAAUCAGAAGCGGGUCGCACUAGAGUUCCUUCAUCUGAAAUCAUAGUAGAGAUGCCAGAAGAGCAUGACAUCAAAGAUGAACCUUUAGAAGUUAAACUGGAGGACUCCAUAGAGAUAAAGAUUGAAGAGCCAGCAUCACCAGCCUGUGAGUUAUUGCGUGUGGAUUUCCCAGUAGUGUAUAUACCUCAGUACCCGCCGGCUGCGAGUGACUUGCCGUUUAUGACAGCAGCACCGCUGGUGGAGUCCCUAGAGAGUCACAUAUUGGAUCCCGGGCUACUGCUGGAUCCCGGGGAGGGCCCGUCGGGGCUGUCGAGCCAGAUCCUGCGCGAUCUGCUGGAGGGGGAGUACGGGGCGGAGGAGGCGCGGGGCGAGGGGCGGGAGGGGCGCGCGCCGCAGCGGCUGCCGGCGUUCACGCAGGCCUUCCACACGGCGCAGAGCCCCAAGCCGCCGCCGCCGCCGCCCCCGCCGCACUAGACCCAUCUCAACAUAUGCUACCUCAUCAAGUAAGGGUUUUGUAAAAUAUAGUAAUACAAAGAGGACUCUUAAAUCUCUCAAAGUCGUUGAGACGAUUUUGAAAUUUUGCCAAAUGUUGUAUUUUGUACUUUGAGGUGUAUACCAAAAUAUUUCCGAAUUCUACAUGAAUAUAUGAUCUAGUCGUGUAUGUGCUUUCGGAAUUGUAUAUUGUUUAUUUAUAGCGUUUGCGUUUAUGGAGUGCAAUUGGGACCAACUCUAUAAGCUGAUGGAUACCUGUUAGAGUAGUUUGAUUAGACGAAUAUCUUGUUACUUUCUGUAAGGGCCUAGUCGUUUUUAAUAUUGAUCAAAAUCAAUACGAAUAUGGUACAGUAGUUACUUGUAUGUGAAGAAAACGUUUAACACACGCUGUGACUAUCCUAUUGAAAGUAACGGGAUUUGAAGUUAUUACAAUAAAUAAUUCAAGAAUCGCAUUUGAUUUGCAUUAAAAUGAGAAUGAUUGAUAUGAUGAUGAGUUACAAAUUACGAUUCGAGCGUUUUCGGAAUUAUUUAUUGUUAAGACUCGAUUUAAAGAUGCAAUAGUUUCCUAUGAUGAAGCAUUGAUUAAAUAAAUAGGAGAUUUUAUAGUUGAUGGGACAAAAUUUUCACUGCCAUUAAUCUAUUCUAAUAUGCUUUAGAAGCGUCAUAUAGUCUAUUAAUAUCUAUUGCAUCUCCCCCACCACUUUAUCGAUCAGUUAUAUCAGAAUUAUAUGAAUGUAUUUCCUUCUGAAGUAGCAUGCCAUUACAAUAUGUUCCGGAGAUGCAUGCUACUUCGAUGCUAUACCAAUUGAGGAAAAUUUUCUAUUCGAUAAUUCUGAUUAGGCAAAACAUAAGAUCUGUUUAAGCUAAAUGGAUACAACAUUAUUUAUAAGUUUAGGUAUGUCUUAGGUUAGGUUUUAAAUGAGUAUCGAAAUCAGCGAAUCGUAAAAGUUUAACUCGUGCUAUGUUCAAAAUACUUAUAUGUCAAUGUUCAUAACAAUAACACGAACAAGUAGGCAAGUGUUAGAAUAACAAAAAAAAUGAGUCGACACUAAAAUCCGUAAAAAACUUACUGGCUUGAUUUUAAAACUACCUGCCUACAUUGGUACCCAGUUACGCUAUUCAUGGGCCAAAAGUUCGCUCCUUUCGUGCGGUCUAACUAAGCUAUAGAGAUUGGCGAUACAUCUAGUUUUCUCGAUACAUCGUUGUGCCUUACCAUUUCGAGAUAUCGAGUGAGGAGUGUCGAUCAAUGUGAAGAUAGACUGUGUUAACAACGAUACCGUAAGUAGCAAACUUUCGUGACAUGGAAAGCCCCCGAUUAUCCACCAUUCUAUUUUAGUUAAACAUAAUACCUCAGAAGCAUGCUGCUUCCUUAGAUUUAAGAAAAAUAAAUAAGAAAAUCGUCUAAUGAGCAAAUAAUGAACCUUACCUACCUUAAUUUAGAUCACAUUGUAAUUUUUGCCGGCUAGAAUAUGCACAUAGUCGUAAAGAUCCACCCUCUUCUGUCGGCAAGUUUGAAAACUCUAUGCCACAAACGAUAAUCCCCUAACUUCGUAAAAUAUCAGAACGAACACUGUAUAAUGAUAAUACAAUAUAGAAAUGUGUACCACGUUGGGUGCCAAAAUCUUUGCAAUUUUGUCAGUCGACAUAAGUAUAUUAUAUUGCACCAGCCGGGCUGUAUCGGUACCGCUAAAUGUAAAAUAAAAUGUUUGCUCAUUAGAUACUUAUAAAAAAUUUGGUUCACCCUACAUUUAAACUGGAUAAGUAAUUUCAAUGGGUACAAUUUACUUAUCCAGUUUUUAAACAUUUCAUCUUCAUUCAAAUCUUAUAUUAAAAACUUCAUUAAUUAAGAUAUUAAGAUGGAGGCAUUUCUUUAAAAACAAUAAGGUAUAAUUUCACACAUUGCCAGAAUUAUUUUGAAAUAAAUAUACCUAUAUGUAGGGAAAAUAGAAACAUGCAAUUAAAUAUAUUGGGGAGUGUAGGGAUGUAUCAGAUUUCUGUAUUACAAAAUGGGUUCUACUGUCGAAAAGGCAUCAAAUUUUCAAAUCUCAUUCCUGCCACUAAAGCACUCCGUUUAUUUCUAAGUUCUAAGUUUUAUUUGAUAAAAUAAAAUUAAUAUUACGAAAAAAAAACGUCGUCUGAAAUACAUGGAAGUAGAAUUUAAGAAGAUUGAAAAGCUUAAAGCAAAUGAACAUGUAAAUAUUUCUAAUCUUUUUAGGUUAAUAGGAAUGUAAAAAAACAUCUACCUCAUAUAAUAUGUUUAGAAAUGUUAAUAACUAUAUUUAGGUUAGUGAGAACUGUAUCUAUGGUGUUCUUUUUAUAUUUUUGAAACACAUCGCACCACUUGUGGGUGGUUUACAUAGUUUAGUAGUUACUUGUUGUGUUAAACAUAAUAUUAACGAUUAAAAUUGUGUGCUGCAAUAUCGGAAUAUUUAUAAGAACAGGUAUUUAAUACUUAUAUGUAUACAAGAAAUAAUAUCCAAGAAAAACUUUAAGUACAUAUAUUUGUCAUAUAUUGGGAUGUAAUAGGUUUUCAAUAUUUCUGUAAACAUCCAAUAUCAAAUAAAAUUGUUCUCAUUAAGAAACAAUAUUUACUAAUAACUGUGAUAUUUCAGAUAUUACUCAAACACUUUUUAAGCGCAGAUUCGAUUUAGGUAUUUGGAGUACCUAGUUAAGUCGGUUUUUAUAUGGUUAACGGUGCUACAGUACAGAAUAUCUAUUGAGAAAACAUAAUCCAUAUUUUUUAUCUUAACAUAACCUGAUCUACCUUUUAAUAGUUGGUCAGUCAAGGUGUAAUAUACAACGAUGUGUAAUGCAAUGUAUUUUUGUAAAGUUUUUAGAAUAUAACUGUUUGUAAAUAAUAAUAAUAUCAAAGACUUCCAACCAAUGUAUGUUUGAUGCUUAAAUUCAUCCAUUAUAUUUAUUUAGUGGUACGCGUCGGUUAGAGGACGGUAAAACGAUAGAAUGUACCUAAUGGCUUCAUUAUGGCACUAAGUGUCCUUUUAAAAAUAUUAUACAUAAUUAUAUAGCUAUACACGUGUUUAUAUAUUUCUAAUUGAUUGCAUAAUUAUGAUUGUUAACUCUUUAAUUAUUACCCAGUUUUUAAUGAUUGACAAAUUAUGAGUUUGACUCUAUAAAUUUGUAUUAUUGCAAAUAAUUGGUAAUACCAAAUACUUUUGUAUUAUUAUUGUUGUAGUUUUUUUUAUGUGUUUCAAUAAUGGGGGAGUAUUGAUAGUUGCAGAGAAACAAUAUACGUAAAAUGGUACAUAAAAACGGGGCCUUAAAAAAGUAGAAUUCGAAUUAUACCUAUAAGGAGAAAUAUUUUUAGAAUUUUAUAAUGUUUAAUAGAAUGAUCUAUUUUUGUUACGCUUUACCAUUAGUAUGGCAUUUUAUAUAAAAAAAAUGAAACAUAAUAAUUGAAAGGAAUUUCAUGUUACAUAACUACCAAGUUUAAUUUUAGGGUAUUUUAUUGUAUUAAUGCCCAUUUGGCAUUUAAAAAGCUGUAUGUGUAAUGUUGAAAUACUACUUUUCGACUUAUAUCAAAAAUAUUACAGGUCUAUAUAUUUAUUUGUAUAAAUAAAAACCUUUAUCAUUGGAAUGGAGUAACGCUUGGAAAGAAGUAUUUAAAUUACAAACGAUUGUACCUGGUUUAUAACAACAUGAUGUAAUAAUAAUUGGUCUUCAUUGUAAUAAAUAUUUUGAACAAGAAAUAUUGUUUAAUUUUUGUAAAAAAUAUGGAGGCGGUUGCUACGUAGUAUACAUACCUACCUACGUAGAGUACGUAAGAACUUUUUGUUUAUUAACGUGACAUACUUCUGUAAUUUCUUAGUACUAAUUAAAUCAAAAGAAACCGCAUGAAAUAUAUUAACUUUAUUGCUGAUCCAAUCGAUUGAAUAACAAAUAACACAUAGACUUAGAAUCAGUAAUUGAUAACAGAAACGCCUACCCCACGGUAAGUAACAUAAAUGAGGAAAAAUGCACAUUUUCAUAAUAAUAUAUAAUAAUAACACAACGAAAAACGUUUAUACAGUGAUAGUCUGCGCCGCUUAAACCUCAGUCGAAAUAGAACUCAACAUUUAAACAAAAAAUACUAAAAACUUCAAUAAAAUGUCACAGUUAAAUCGUUAUUAUUGUAAACAUAAGUUCUUAUCAUAUCAGCUUACUCAGCGCAAACCAUCGGCUAUGUAGUAAUAACACUAUCAUAAAAUUUACAGAUAUUCAUUUUUAAUAUACAAUUUGGUGAUUAUGAUUAUCAAAAUUGCCUAGACCAGAGUUUGAACUAAAAUUAAAUUGUACUAAAAAUACUAACACCAUCCCAUUUGGCCGAUCGGUCACCAAAAUUAACUUUUCAGAACUAUUGUACAGUUAAGAUUUGGAACAAAGAAAACUGAUAAAUA